AUGUCCAGGUCCCUGUUGGGGAGCGUGAAGAAGCCUGAGGUUACGCCCACCAUCUCGAUUGGCUUCUCGAUUGGAACAGGGCAGACUGACGUGGCCAGCUGGGACAUGGGCAUCGGCAUUUCUGGCUCGGUGCCACUUGUGCCGAUGCUGCCUGCCAAUGGCGGCACUGGCAUCUCAUACUCCAUGACGCUGGGGAUGAAGCCACCGGGCAGCUUGCCCUCCGGUUUCGGCCUGGGCUUCUCGGCAGCUCCCCCCGAUCCCUCUCUGGCGCAGGCCGGGGCCGGACAUCUGCACCCGGUCCAGGAGGCGGUGAACGGAGCGAUGGCGACCGCAGAUUCCUACGAGGAGCAGGUGCUGGCGGCCGUGGCCGCAGCGAGCUCAGGCUUCAAGCACAUGGAUGUGGGCCAUGCCGUGGAUACCCUGGGCGUGCAUCCGCAUGAAGCCCUGCGCCACGGCGCCUCCGCCUUGAAGAACUACGACACCGUUGCCGCCCUGGUGCAGCAGCAUGCGGAGGAGCAGCACGCAGGGUCGAAGUCCCUGAGCUCAGAGGAGCUGGAGGGGGCCCUUGACGUGAAUGCCAACAUUUACGUCAGCCUGUCCCUUUGCUUGACCUGCUCGAUUUGGGAGAAUGGGGAGGAUGCGAGCGAGGUGGCCUUCGGCGCAGGGGCCGGUCAGAACAUCGCAGCUCAAGCUCAGGCAAAUGCCCCCAUGCUCGAGGCCAACUGGCAGUCUUCCAUGAGGCGGCAGGGUUGGAGCAAAGCCCCUGGCAUCCUCACGGGCUUCUACCAGGGGCUUUGCAAUUCCUUGUCCUGCCUGUCAAAGGCCCGGUACGCGGAGUACCCCAAGGCUACGAUGGAUUGCUACAACGCAAACUGGGGUAGCUCCUUCAACAGCAAGGGUUGGAGCACUUGCCGCCACGGCUACUUCAUGACCGGCUUGUAUCGGUCGACGUGUAGCCAGCUCUCUUGCCUGGAUCAGGUGGAGUGCUGCCGCCCAGAAGGCGCCUCCCACGACUGGAAGCAGUGCAUCGAUGAGGACUGGGGUCUUAAGACAGGGCACUGGCUCAGCCGCUUGACCAGCUUUACCAAGCUGAUAGGCUGGAAGAAGUGCACUCCUGGCAAGGGCCUGGUGGGCUUGUACCGAGACUCGUCCAACAAGUGGUCCUCCGUCCAGUCGGCCAAGUGUUGCUACUUGCCAGCCUAG